AUGAACGACCAAACCAUCCUGGACACUGUACAGCGAUGGCGGCGCAAGAAGUAUUCGGCGCGUCCGUUCGCGCUCACAAUACUCGCCAUAACCCUUAUGACCGCACUGGCUGUGGCGAAAGACUACCGGGCGCAUGUUGGCGGAGUUUCGGGAAGUGCCCUGGGGAAGAGGGAUCUCAUGAUACAAGAUGAGGAGGUAGGAACUGCACCUCUCUCAGAGACUUUGAAUCUCGCUGACGAACGCAACAAAUGCGCCUUUGUCCUCGCCAACUGCCCGGACGAGGAGGCCGGCGUCGUAUCCUACCUCACCCUGUACUACUGCGAUAUGCCAAAGGCACAGCCCCUUGCGUUCGUUAUUAUGACGUUGUGGCUAGCUAUGCUGUUCAGCACUAUCGGCAUCGCAGCAAGCGACUUCUUCUGCGUCAACCUCAACACAAUCGCGCGCAUGCUGGGCAUGAGUGAAAGUCUGGCAGGAGUAACUUUGCUGGCAUUCGGAAACGGCAGUCCAGACGUAUUCUCGACAUUUGCUGCGUUUCGAACACAUGCGGCGAGCUUGGCAGUGGGAGAGCUCAUUGGCGCGGCCUGCUUCAUCACAGCAGUCGUGUCUGGCUCCAUGGCAUUGAUUCGGCCAUUUGCUGUGGCACGAAAAAGCUUCAUCCGUGAUGUCGGCUUCUUUCUUGUCGCUGCGGCAUUCAGUAUGGGCUUCAUCAUCGACGGGAAGCUUCACCUCUGGGAAUCCCUGGCCAUGGUCGCAUUCUACAUUUUCUACGUCGCAUUUGUGGUGGCGUGGCAUUGGUGGAUCAACCAGCGGAGGACGAGAAGAUUGAAAGCUGCUGCAAUGCGAAGCCACUACAUCACACCUGGCGGCGAGGAGGAGGAAAUACCCGAAUAUUUCGACGAGGAAGGUCCGUCUGGCACCGCAACCCCAGGCCGCGCCAUUUCGAACGAGGACUUUUCCAAUCUUGAAAGGGCAGGAGGUGGCGAUCCGCUGGACGAGGACGACCACGAAGAAGAGCGUGAACGAUGGAUGGGAGAGAUGACAAACAAUAUGCGUGUUAGUAGACCGCUCUGGUUGGAGCGCUCGAGUUUCGUGCUGUUACUAUCAUCGCUGCAGAAAUCCAGGAACAUCCAGUCAAUGCCAAUCAGCUUGCGACGAUACUCGGACGACCCUACAUACACGACCGCGCAGCAGCAAGACUACAUCUCAACGGAUGCGGAUCCUGCUGCUCGACCACCGUUCGAUGUUGCAUCGAUAGGAUCAGACGCAUCUCCGCAAAUCACCAGACCAAAUCUGGAAAUCCAACAGAGCUUGGGGAGCCGCGCAAGAGCUGUUUCAACCAACGACCUUGAUAAUGUGCGACUUCACCCCAGCACAUUGCAAGUUGGGAUACCCGACAUCACGUUUGGACCAGCCACUCCUGAUGGCCGUGGCCGACUCAUGCCUGGUGAUCAGGCACCGCCCUCGCCGUCGUUUUCUCUGUCGCCGCCGGCAUCUCAGCAUGGCUCGCGAGCAGCAAGCCCUGCAUCCCAUGUCAGGCAACCCUCCGCCGACCGUCUUGCGCCUCCAGAUGCAACGGGCCAUAUGGCACCUCCUACGCGGCAAAACACGCUUAGCCCCACGGCAUCUCCAGUCAUCGAGCCUGGACACCGAGUAGCUCCUCCGAGCCUUAAGCUCUCCGUGCCCGACGCUGUAUCCCCACCCAUUCCCUUUCCUGCUUACACAGAUUAUCCUUGGUCCGCGCAGAGUUCCAGACCACCAAGUCUCCGAGCGCGUGAACCAAGCGCAUCACCAGAAUCAUCCAUGUUUCCCAGGGAUCCAUUCGCUGUACACGAGCCAGCUAAGCCUCCAAAAUGGUGGCCGUCUCAAGUCCUGCCACCUCCUCACAUCCUGUUCGGGACCUUGUUCCCAACCCUUACCAACUGGAGCGAGAAGAACAUUUGGGAAAAGCUCUUGGGUAUCGUCGCAUCUCUACCUGUUCUCCUGUUGACGAUCACGCUUCCAGUAGUUGAGCCAGAAAAGGAUGAGGAUGAGGGUGGCCAUGCUGAGCUGUCUCUCGACUUUGGUCUUCCACCACCGAUGACGCCCAUCAGUGGCAGCAUGGACUCGCAUGGUCGUAGUAUGGAUUCGCAUGGUCGCAGCAUUGUGCUCCCGCCGGAGAGUAUGGCGACACCAGGUACCUCAAUGAGCAUGAAACGUCCCGCCGCGUCCACUCACAAACCUAACGGUGGCGGCUCCUUCAGCUCCAAUACGAGCAACCCACCUGUCGUCUAUAUCACCAACUCGGACGCCUUGGCACAAUCACCCGAAACUCUACCUACCAUACCGUCUACAGAACCUAAGCAGUGGAACAGAUGGCUCGUUAUCACACAAAUGUUCACAGCGCCGCUGUUUGUUGUUCUUGUACUUUGGGCAAAUAUUCAACCCGACAACGGACGCGCCCUGCUUCGACACACGUUGUACUCACUGACUGGGUCGCUGGUCAUGCUCGCCUUCAUUCUCAUUACCACAUCCCCCAACCGCCCACCGAAAUGGCGGAACCUCCUCUGCUUCGUCGGGUUCGCAGUCGCCAUCGCCUGGAUCAGCACCAUUGCCAACGAAGUCGUCGGCGUGCUGCGCACUCUCGGUGUUAUCCUCAACAUGUCCGACGCUAUCCUAGGCUUGACCAUCUUCGCCGUUGGCAAUUCCCUAGGCGAUCUUGUUGCCGAUAUUACUGUUGCUCGGCUUGGCUUCCCCAUCAUGGCUCUCUCAGCGUGUUUCGGUGGACCGAUGCUCAAUAUCCUCUUGGGCAUUGGCUUGUCAGGUACCUACAUGACGAUCACAAAAGGCGAAGCAAAGCACAAGAAACAUCCGGACCACAACCUCAAGUUUCCUCCAUAUCACAUUAUCGUAAGCACUACUCUGGUUAUAUCGGGCGCGACGUUGUUGUUCACCCUCGCCGGACUGCUGAUUGCAGUCCCCGUGAGGAAGUGGAAGAUGGACAAAGUUAUUGGACUGGGCCUGGUGGGUGUCUGGACUGUCAGUACGGUAGCCAAUGUCGUGGUGGAAGUGCUGGGGUACAGCUCCGAUGUUAGUUGA